UCGAAGGUAAAGAACGCGGCAAUGAUGGCUCUGGUAUCUCUGGUGGCUUGGCUGCUCCUUGGAGGAUGUGGCAGCGUAUACGGACAGCUCCUCGAAGAGGACUGCGGUGUCACGAGCGUUAUGCAGGCCAUGGUGGCCGGCGGCGAGGAUGCAGCACUGGGAACCACUCCGUGGAUGGCGCACCUGUACGCAAAUGGACAAUUCGUAUGCGGCGGAUCGCUCAUCAAUCACCGCUUCGUGCUCACCGCCUCGCACUGCAUUCAACCGAACUCGCGCAUAAUCGUGCGGUUGGGAGAGUACGAUACCAGGACGGUAGAGGAUUGCAGGCAGGGAGAGUGUGCCCCACCGCCCACGGAUCACUUCGUCGUAAACAUCUACAAGCAUGCAUCGUACACGUCGGUGGAUUACUACGAUAUUGCUCUGCUGCAAAUGCAACAGAGUGUGGCCUACACAGCCAACAUCCGACCCAUCUGCAUUCUGCUGGACACGACAGUGCAGCAACGGAUGGACAGCCUUCGGGAGUACACUCUCACCGGAUGGGGCGUGAUGUGGGGCGGACAGCGGGCCUCCGUCCUGCAGACCGCCAACUUGACCCAAAUCGAUCGAUACACCUGCGCCCGGUACGGCUACCGCAUCGAUCACACGCACAUCUGUGCCGGGGAUUUCCGAAGUUUUGCCUGCGUGGGGGACUCUGGUGGCCCGCUGGGCGCCACCGUGCUGUACGAUGGGCAGCCCCGUUACAUUCAAUUCGGGAUCGUGAGCUUCGGCAGGAAGCCCUGCAAUGGCGUGAGUGUCUUCACGAAUGUCCUGGCCUACAUGCCGUGGAUACAGGCGGUUCUGCAGGUGACCCAGUCCUAAACCGAGAAACAUCUUUCAGACAGCAUAGAAAUAUAAAAUUAAUGAGCAAAUGAGCAAAAUAAAUCCUUUAAACAAGA